ACCAACAAAGAAAAACACUAAAGUGAUAAACCGAGCUGAGGAGACUUUACAAGACCAUUUAAAAGUGUACUGACAGCAUCUGUACAUUGCAAUUUCUAGUUGAACUUGAGCUUUGCGAGGACUAAUAGACAGUGAUGAUGGAUCUUGAGAGUCAGCUUCUUGAAGAAGGGGGAUUGCUGCCCUCACGGCAGGUGACGGUGUCGAGGAGGACGUCCGGUGUCUGGCGGGUGUGUGGGGUCCUGCUGGCUGUGGCCCUGUGUGCCGCCGCCGCUGUCUGCUUCACGCUCAACAAGUCUCAGAACAAUCAGGAAGGAGGAAAUGCGCUGAGGCUCACAUUAAGAGAUCAUCUUUCAAAGCAAAACGUCACUUCCAAGGCUGCCAUCCAUUUAACAGGUGCGUAUGAACCUAAAGUGUCCAAAGACACCCUUUACUGGAGAAAGGACCAGGACCAGGCUUUCACUUCAGGCGGCUUGAAAUUAGCGGGAAGGGAGAUCAUCAUUCCUACGGAUGGCAUUUACUUCGUCUACAGUCAGGUGUCUUUCCACAUCAGAUGCAAGACUGACAUUCCUGAGGACCACGAUGUUGUGCAAAUGAGCCACAUAGUGUUCCGCUACUCUGAUUCCUAUGGCAGCUACAAGCCACUUUUCAGCGCAAUCCGCUCGGCCUGCGAGCAGGCGACAGACUCUGACGAUCUGUGGUACAACACGAUUUAUCUCGGUGCGGCCUUCAGCCUGCGAGCCGAAGACAGGCUGUGCACCAAUACGACUGUAGCACUCCUGCCUCGCGUCGAAAGCGACAACGGAAAGACCUUCUUUGGGGUGUUUGCUCUAUGAAAUGCGGUCUAAAAAUCCUUCAAAAUAUGGCACAAUAUACUCAAGGAUCUUUUAGUAUGUAUUUAUUUAUUUAUUUAUUUUGGUAUGUGUUUACCUUAGAAUUUUGUAUUGUGUUGUAUUUUGUGUUUACCUUUUUUAAUUAUUAUUAUUAUUAUUAUAAAGUAAAAGUAAAAUCCCACCAAAACUGAAAUGACCCAUAUAUGUUUUAUAUUAAAACAGGCCAAAAUCUAAACUCUAUGAGUUUUGUGGAUCUUAUCAUUUUUAUGAACAUGUAAUGCUAAAGUUAAUAUUAUUUGUAUUUAUUGAACUGUUAAUUUAAAUAACAAAUAAACUGAAAUACUGUAAUUUAAUACAAAUGUAGAAUAAAUUUGUCAUU